AUGUCGACGGCAAGCAUCAAGGACCACGCCAACACCCUUCUGAACCUUUUGGACAUGGAGCGCAGCCUGGCCAUGGGUACCAUGCCGCCGAAAUUGAUCUUUAUUGGGCACAGUUUGGGCGGGCUAGUGAUCAAACAGGCUCUUCUCAAUGCCAAGGAGGAUCCGAAAUAUACAUCUAUCCGCAAUUCCACCUCUGGCCUUGUCUUUUUUGGCACGCCUCAUCGGGGAGCAAAAGCCGUGGAGCUGGGAAAGAUUGCCGCUCGGGUCGCUCGCUUCGUGUCCAACGGUCAUGCCAGUAACGACCUUAUGAACUGCUUGGAGCACAACUCACUGUUCACCCGUCAGAUGACAGAUCGAUUCCGACAUCAACUUGAGGAUUAUCGGGUGGUCAGUUUCAUCGAAGGAAAGGAAGUGCAACUGGGAGGGCUUGGCCCAGCUUCGAUCAGCCACGUGAGUCUUGUGGUUGAUGAGGAGUCCGCAGUAUUGGGACUGUCCGGUCUGCGCGAAACCCAGCUGAAGCUCGAUGCCGAUCACUCCCAAAUGUGCAGAAUUGCCUCUCGAGGCCCAAUGUACCGCUUGAUCCAAGGAAAUAUCAAACAACUGGUCGAGCAAGCACUUUUGUCGGAGCAGGGAUUUAUUCCACAGUCGAUAGCUCAAGGGACAGGCCCUUCUCCGCCCCCACUGCCACCGCGCAUUCAUUCCAACAGCAGCAUCCCUUACCAGACAAGGCCACCUGCACCGGUGGAAAAGGUCACGGGCAGUAUGUUUACCCCGGUAGACAAUGAUCCCCGAUCGGUGCAAGCGGCGGAACUUAAGAACUGGGCACGGUGGGAUGAGGCGAGGACGGUCGAGUAUGAGAUUUUCCAGGAGCAUCUACGAACGCUGGGUCCAGAUCAUUUCAGCACUCUCGCGGUGGCGUACAAUCUCGCAGAAGUGGAACUGGAGAGCAACUUUGUAGAAAAAGCCAAGGAAUGGUGUAGAUGGGUAUCGGACAAUUCCCAACGCGUUUUUGGGCCCAAGCAUCCAUUAACGAUGAGGACCGAAAGUCUGAUGUCGGAGGUUUUGUGCCAACAAGGCCAGUACCAACAGGCGGAAUCCGUUGGCGCCAAUGUAUUGGCGCGCCAGCAGAUGACCAUCGGCGAAGAACAUUGGGAUAUCUGCGAAACACGGCGCCGAUUGGCCAUGACAUACAAUGCGUUGGGCCGUCGCGAAAAGGCCGUUCUGACUGCCGAAAAGCUCACCGAGACCGUCCAGAGUCUUCUUGGGGAAAAGCACAUUCGGGUGUUCAGCUCUGCCUUGAAUACGCUGGAGUACAUCUUCUGCAAUCAAGGAGGGGAUUCGAGCACCCUCAUUGUGAUGAGAUUCCAACCAGAGGUCCAACAAGCGGUCGAGGUUCUGCAACGGGUCCACGGCGAACUGCAAUCCGCCCUGGGUAAUGGUCAUCCCUAUACCAUCCGCGCUCUCUGUCUGCAUGGUCGGGCUCUUGGCUUUGUUCAGCAAAACAUCGAGGCUUCAGAGACGCUCCGGCGAGCGUUGGCGAGCGCAGAGGAAUCGCUUGGGGCCGAUCAUCCACUGACCAUGGACGUGGUGGGCAGCAUUGGUGUCAUGUAUGCUCAGCAAAGUGCCGCUGCUUUCCACCAUGAAGCGACCGAAGCCUACCCCUGGUUGAUCCGUUAUCUGAACUGGGUGGAGCAGCGCAAGGGCAAGAGUAACCCAGAGACACAAGCCACUUUGGAGUUGCUGGCAAACAUGCACUUUAAAGCCAAGGAGUAUGAGUCUGCGCAGACUUAUUUCGAGCGCAUCGUGGAAGGGGCACGGGGUGGUGACCAGAAAGUGGUGGAGCGGACGGAUAGUUUCCUCCAGCUGUGCCGGGCCAACACCAUGUAUACGCGACGCGGUCGUGGGUCGAGAGGCAUUUUGUCCGCGUUGCAACCCGCAUCUACCCGAUGGAAUUUUUGA